AACGUCCGGUCCAUCCGGUUUUGACAAAGCCAAACGCGUCCCAAGCCAUAUAGCUUAUGUUUUCUCUCUCAGCUCCCGUGAAUCUUUUAUACCCCAAUAUUCCAAUUGAAAAUUCGAUUCGCAGAAACCGAAUUUUUACUAGUGCAUAUUUAGAGUAAAUUUCUGUUUUUAGAAAUCAAAAUUUGUUUUCAAGGCAAAAAAAAACUUCGGUUUCUACAAACCGAAAUUUUUUCAAGGACAAAAUUGGAAAUUCAAGGAAUAAGGUGGGGGGAGAGAAAACAUCCAUAUAGCUAGGUUGGGUGGUUUAACGUGGUGUUUAUGUAUUGUUUCCCCCGCUUUUCUGCACAGUCCAAAUCACCGUGUCUGUGUUUCAGGCGGAGGCACGAACUACCCAACUGUGUGUGGAAAGCUUCGUUGUUUCAGGUUUCUGUAUUCGACCGCUUUUCUGGCAGUUAGACUGGCAAUUCAUUGACUUGCCCUGUUGACUUGGCUGACCUUUCAUUAUAAACGUACGAGAAAAUCUACCCAAAACCAUAACCUGAAGCUGUAAACUUUUUGAGUGGUAAAGGAAGCUGUCUAGGAAGUAAUAUGGAGACUAAGCGCUGUAGUUUCUGGCUUCCCAACAAAAAAAGAUUUUGUGCAAACACCCUUCUCAAUGGUUCCUUGUUCUGUGGUAAUCAUAACUCAAGGCCUGAAGGCCAGUGGAUUCAAUGCCCCGUAGAUCCAUCCCACUCAGUGCUUGAGCAAAAUCUCAAAUCGCAUGUUAAGCGAUGCCCAUUCCUGAAACAGGUUCAAUCCCUGUCCAACCAACCUUUCUAUCAAAAGGGUAUCAAUGCUGGUUCUGAUGAAGAACAGCUUGACGAGGAAAUUUCGGGGAUUAAUGAUUCAAGAUUGCUCGCUAUGACUGUUUCUUCAGAAAUGAAGAGGAAUGCUCUUCACAAGAUGAAUGUGCCUGAAUUCUGCAAUUUAAUUGAGAAGAUUGAAUCUGUUCAUGAAUCAUUGUGUAAAGAUAUUCAGGACUCGUUUCAGAUGCCAGAGGUUUGCAGUCUUUGGAUUAAAAGCAAAGAAGAAGAAAGGAAAUUGCCGUUUCAGGAGAAACAUAUAAUGCAGCAGGCAUCUAUUGUGGGAAAUUUGGAAAGUUUUGGUGUAUUGAAGAAUUCUCUUGGAAGGAAACCAUCAACAUGUGAGGAACAAGUUGAGGGGAAGGAGGACGGUGUCUCAACAGUCAUUGAGUUUGGAGCGGGUAGAGGGUAUUUGACACAAAUGCUUGCAGAUUGUUAUGGAAUCAAUAGAGUUUUCCUUGUCGAGCGAAAAGCAUACAAGUUGAAGGCUGAUCGAUCCUUGCGACAGAAUGAGAGCUUGACGUUAGAGCGUUUGAGAAUUGACAUUGAAGAUUUAAAUUUGAAUGCUGUUGAGUCUUUGCAAGGAGUUCCAUUUCUGGCCACUGGUAAACAUCUAUGUGGAGCUGCAACAGAUUUGACUUUGAGAUGCUGUUUUCCUGAAUAUAGAAAAGAUAGUAGUGAACAGUUCACUGCUAGUAUUAAUUUUGGAGGUUUAGCUAUCGCAACAUGUUGUCACCAUCUCUGCCAGUGGAAACAUUAUACAAAUAAAAAGUUUUUCUUAGAUUUGGGAAUGACAAAGGAAGAAUUUCAUGCUGUUACAUGGUUUACUAGCUGGGCGGUAGAUGCUACUCAUGAUUCAGAUUUUCCCGAUACUACUGAUUGUGUAUCACAUUUGCAAUCAAUAAAGGAGCAAGGCAAUGGAUAUUCGGAUGGAGUCGAAAAAAUUCUUUCAGAAAUGGAAGCAACAAAACGAGCAGCACUGGGAUUUAAGUGCAAGUGGAUUAUUGACAUAGGGAGGUUGAUGUGGUUAAGAGAACAUGGAUUAGAUGCAAAACUUGUCAGAUAUGUUCCACCAAACAUUUCUCCUGAAAAUCACUUGCUAUUAGCUAAACCUUUGAAUUGAUUAUUCAUAUCCUUCUCUUCUUAUUCUUGUAGCAUUUGUAGACAAAUAUUAUGCUAAAAUUUACUGUCAGGUUGAUUAUGUAGUUUCUGAUGUACUGAAAUAAAAUGAGGAUAAUAUUGAAUUGUGU